AGUGACGAAUCUGGCACGGGGUCGCUCGGCUUAUUUUUUUAUAUUGUGUUUACGGGUUUUGACGGGAGAGACGGUGGCACCUGAUCAAAUAUAUUUACGUAGUUAUUUUUAUAAAGUGUUAAAAUGUGCCUCUUCGUGACUUUAAUUCAGUGAAAGAAACACUUUGUGAGAAAUUAAGUGCUUUAAAAAAUCAACAUGAUUGCCAAUGGGCACGUAGUAGGUGACGGGUCGUGGGAUCUCAGAGUUUUUGUUACUGAUCUGCAGACAGAAAGACAAAUUCGUGUUAAGGGAGAUGUCCAUAUUGGCGGAGUGAUGUUAAGGCUGGUAGAAGAUUUAGAAAUAUCUAUGGACUGGUCUGAUCACGCACUAUGGUGGCCCGAACAAAAUAUUUGGCUUACAAGGACGAGGUCCACUUUAGAUCAAUGUGGGGUUCAUGCAGAUGCUUUGUUAUACUUCACACCCAUGCACAAAAAUCUUCGGGUGCAAUUGCCUGAUCUGAGGUAUUUAGACAUGAGAGUCGACUUUUCAAUCAAAACAUUUUCGGCGGUGGCCCACGUUUGCAAAGAAUUAGGUAUCAGACAUCCGGAAGAAUUGUCCUUUUGCAAACCCCUCGAGUCCAAUCAUCUUAAAUACAAUUACAAAGAUAUGCCAAAGAAAAAAUACGACCAGAACGGAACCUCCAGAAACGGACACGUAGCUCCCGAUACAAACACUUUUAUAGCUAACAGUAGUCCAGUUGGCAGUACAGGAAGUCUAGAGAACAAUUCUCCUUUUUUGUGCGCUCCGGUAACUCCUUCACGGAUACCCCCGUCAUCCACACCAGUCAACAGUCCAGUUGGAAAUACGAAUUCGUGGAAGCGAAAUGGUUUCGGCGCAGAUUUAAAUGGCACAGCGACAUACUCUCCAAAUUUAACAAGCAGUUUAAGUACGGAACAGCUUAAUGGCUCAUUCGACAGCAGUUUAGCCCAAAGCCCACCCGCACCAAGCCCCGAGGCGAGGAAACAUUUAAUAAAACCAAAAUCACUUUUAGAAAAGGCGAGAAUGAAUAUUGCGUGGUUGGAUUCAUCACUUUCCAUAAUGGAACAAGGAAUCCGGGAACACGACACACUUUGUUUGAGGUUCAAAUUUUAUGUGUUUUACGACCUUAACCCUAAAUAUGAUGCCAUUCGAAUAAAUCAAAUAUAUGAGCAGGCCAAGUGGCAACUUUUGAAUGAGGAAAUUGAAUGUACGGAGGAAGAAAUGCUUAUGUUUGCGGCUCUGCAGUUGCAAAUCAACCUCCAAGCGACACAACCGCAACAAUCGUUCAACACUAAUGGAAAAUCCCCUUCACCUAUCGAAGACGAUAUUGAUGCGGCUUUGAAUAAUUUGCAAACAACUUUGGAAGGUAGCAAUAUAAGCACGCAUUCAAAUGAUAUCACAUCUGUGCCGGAACUGAAGGAUCAACUGAGAUUUUUGAGGCCAAAAAGGUUUACAUUAAAGGCCUACAAAAAGUAUUGGUUUACAUGCAGAGACUUGCACCUUUAUAUGUACAAAACGAGGGAAGAUAUGGUUCAUAAUGCUAGCUGUGUCACGAAUAUCAACUUAAAAGGUUGUGAAGUUACCCCAGAUGUUAAUAUUAGUCAAAAUAAAUAUGUUAUAAAGUUAGAGGUGCCGAGUGCAGAAGGUAUGACGGAAAUGUAUAUACGAUGCGAUGAUGAAACACAGUAUUCCAGAUGGAUGGCCUGUUGUCGGUUGGCAGCUAAAGGCAGAUCGUUGGCGGACAGUUCUUAUGAGAAUGAAAAGCAAACUAUUCUUGAUUUCUUAAAUCUGCAACGAAGGGCAGAAGAACCGGUUCUAAAUCCUAACAGUUUGGAUAUUCAGGUUGAGGACUACAUUGCCCCAAAAUAUUUAAAGAAGUCAAAAGGGAAGUUAACUCAAAGAAUUUUGGAAGCUCACACCAAUGUAAAAGACCUAUCACUAGUCGAUGCUAAAAUGAAUUACAUUAAGGCGUGGCAACUUCUUCCCGAAUACGGCAUCACUCUGUUUGUGGUCAAAUUUAUGGAUUGUAAAAAAGAAGAAUUACUAGGCGUUGCUUACAACAGAAUAAUGAAAAUGGAUAUUAAUACCGGGGUUCAUCAAAAGACUUGGAGAUUCAAUACCAUGAAAGCAUGGAAUGUUAAUUGGGAAAUAAAGCACAUGAUGGUACAAUUUGAAGAAGAAAACAUUGUGUUUAGUUGCUUAUCGGCGGAUUGUAAGGUCGUACAUGAAUUUAUAGGAGGUUAUAUUUUCUUGUCAACCCGUUCAAAAGAUGCGAGUCAAACUUUAAAUGAGGAACUGUUCCAUAAGCUAACAGGAGGGUGGUCUUAGAAAAGUUGAUCUUUUCUUGUGUUUAUACUUUGAUUGUCAAUAAUUUUGUAAUUUUCAAUGUUAAUUUAAAAUAUUAUUUAUUGACAUCUGUAAUAACAUAAGCUAAACCAAUUGAUAGGUAUGUCAAAAAUUGCCAAAUUUAAAAAGAUCUUCUGGAAUUUUGGUUGCCAAACCCGAAAAUAAGAGAUAACAGUGCCUUUAUGAAAUAUUUUUUGAUUAUUUUACUCCAUAUGAAAAUUGAUCUUGCAUGGUGCAUAAAUGUACCGCCAAAUAUUUAUAGUUAUCCUUAUACCAUAGCCGGCCUUUCGGUACAAGGUACCAGUGUUUGUUAUGCCUGUAUCAGUUCUGCGAAGUAUUCUUUGACUGAAGGUCUGACAUUUACAUUGCUAAAAAAUUACACAUUGGAAGUGGCGAAUCGGAUGUUGAAACUUAAGCAAUGGUAGACUGUAAAUGGAUACUGUAAAAAAAAUGAAGAUGGUGUAUCAAUAACCAAGAAAUUGUCUUAUUAUAGAGAUCUAGCGAUUUUUAGAAAUUUAUUGUGUUUUCAGGGACAAGCGAUUCUUAAUUAAUUUUCGUCUUUAUUGAAGGCGUUUCGUUGAUCAUUUCAAUUUUAUUUUGCUUCAUUUUAACUAGAGUUGAAUUUCGAUAGAAUCGGAGCAAAAGCAACAUUGUCUCUGCAACAGCCGGGAAAGUUUUGAAUUAAUUAUAUAUAACAAGUUAUUUUUCUAAUCUGUGGAUACUUAUGAAUAUUUAAUUUUAAGUUUGGUAUGAAGUAUGUUUAAAUUAUGGUAUGGAAUCAUUGAAACUAAAUUGGAAAAAUAUUAAAAUAUUAAUG